AUGACACCACGCGUUACAGCCAUCAGCCUAGUACCACCGCACCCCAACCCCAACUCUGAGCUCGGCUGCAUCUACUCAGUCCUCAUCCUGCACAAUGAUGAGGUGACCAUCACGGAUGAUAAAAUCAGUGUCCUCAUUAAGACAGCUGAUGUCAGCAUUAAACCUUUCUUGCCUGGUCUGUUUGCAAAUUCUCUGGCAAAUGUCAACACUGGAAGCCUCUGCAAUGUGGAUGCUAGUGGACCUGCCCCAGUGGCCCAGGCUGCACUGGCUGGAGGACCCGCUCCCUCCUAUGGAGCUGCUCCGGCUAAGAAGAAAGUGGAAGCAAAGAAAGAAGACUCUGAAGAGUCUGAUAAUGACAUGGGAUUUGGUCUUAAUGACUAA